AUGCAUACUGGAUCGUCUAGCGACUGCGAUCUGUCGGACAUCGAGUCGGAGCCAGGAAUCACGCUGAAACGCAAACAACGUCGAUCCCGCACAACUUUCAGCGCUGAGCAGUUGGAAGAACUCGAAAGAUCCUUCGAACGCACCCAAUAUCCAGAUGUUUACACCAGAGAAGAGCUCGCCCAAAAAACAAAAUUAACAGAGGCCAGAGUGCAAGUCUGGUUUUCUAACCGCCGCGCCCGUCUGAGGAAACAACUCACCGGCCAGCAACUCGGCCUUCAAGGAUCGGCCUUCUCAUUGGCUGCAGCAGCAGCCGCGGCCGCGGCCUCAUCACCUUCCGGCGGCCAUCAAUACUCCAAUUCGACUGUUACCUCACCUCAGCCGACCACGCAAUCUGCGAGCAUCGGUCAGUCCUCAUCGGGAGUAGCCGAGCAUCAUCAUCAACAACAGCAGCAGCAACAACAACAACAACAACAACAACAACAGCAACAACAAGUGAACGCUGCUGUUGCUGCCGCGGCUUUCCAGACUCAUCACGCAGCUGCUGGUGCUUGGCAACAUCAUCAUCACCACCAUCAGAGCUACUACAGCAAUGGCUAUCCAGUUGCCGCAGCUGCCGCCGCCGCCGCGGGAUCGAUCCAUCCUCAUCAUCAAGAAGUGACUGCGUCUCUAUCUUUCGGUCACCAAUUCCCCGGCUACUUGACUGCCAAUCACGCUGGAUGGAACGCUAUUCCGCCUCGCAAAGAUGAUCACGUCCAUCAUCAAUCGAAUGCGUCCGCUUGGACGUCCGCUUCUUCGACGGCCGUGCCUUCCGUCUGCAGCGGAUCGGCUGAAUCUUAUCCGUUCUUCUCUUCCGCUUCGGCUCAUCAACACCAGCUGCAUUCGGCAGCGGCCGCUUCGUCCGGAAGUGCGUUCAGUGUCACCGGUAGUGGAAACCCAGCUGCGGCCGCAGCGGCCGCCGCGGCCCUCAUCAAUCCGCACUCGCCCACUGAACCCAAAUCCGGCUAUCCUUAUUACCAACAUCAAAUGAUCUCCGGAAUGGAUGCGAGUCACAUGCUGCACUGCGCCGGACUAGUUCACUAA